UCGGACUUAUUGCUAGUCUCCAGAGUCCCAAGUCAUGCGCUGAGAAGAAUUCAAAGCCAGGCGACCCCUCUGAGUGUUUCCAUUCCCGUGGUUCAAGGAUUUAUUCUCUGCAGGUUUUCGGAAAGGGGAAGAGGGAGAAGGUCGGAGGAAAAGGCAGGGCUGGAACAAUGACAUGAGUGAACCUUCAGGAAAUCCAGGAAAUAUUUGCAUCCUUUUUGCUGGGACACGUAUACAUCACAUUAAUGUAGAAUGGCUAUUUCUUGCCAUCUUUCUUUGGAUUAAAUUUGUGGCCUCAUAAGAAGAGACUUUGUUUUGUGCUAUUAAUGAGAAAUGAACCUGAACCUCAAAUGAACACUUUAAGAGGAAGUGAGCAGAACAUUAUGGCACAGUGUGCCUGAAGAUCUCUCAGUCGAUGAACGUGAUGAGUUGACCAACAUACGACGCAGGAAGAAGGAGCUACUGGAUGACAUUGAGCGUCUGAAGUUUGAGAUUGCUGAAGUCAUGACUGAAAUCGAGCAAUUAACUUGCAUCGGGGAGAGCAAAACAUCACAGAGGAACAAACAGAUUGCAAUGGGAAGGAAAAAAUUCAACAUGGAUCCCAAGAAGGGAAUUCAGUUUCUCCUGGAAAACGACCUUCUAGAGAACACUCCGGAAGACAUCGCACAGUUCCUUUACAAGGGGGAGGGUUUAAACAAAACCGUCAUCGGGGAUUACUUAGGAGAGCGGGAUGAAUUCAACAUUAAGGUUCUCCAGGCCUUUGUUGAGCUACACGAAUUUGCAGAUCUGAACCUUGUGCAAGCUUUAAGGCAGUUCCUGUGGAGCUUCAGGCUCCCAGGCGAGGCCCAGAAGAUCGACCGCAUGAUGGAGGCCUUUGCUUCUCGUUACUGCCAAUGCAACCCAGGGGUCUUCCAGUCCACAGACACGUGCUACGUCCUGUCCUUCGCCAUCAUCAUGCUCAACACCAGCCUGCACAACCCCAAUGUGAGGGACAAGCCCGCGGUGGAGCGCUUCAUCUCCAUGAACCGCGGGAUCAACGAAGGAGGGGACCUGCCCGAAGAGCUGCUGAGGAAUUUGUAUGAAAGCAUCAAAAACGAACCUUUUAAAAUCCCGGAAGAUGAUGGAAAUGACCUGACACACACAUUCUUCAACCCAGACAGAGAAGGGUGGCUGUUAAAACUUGGUUAGUAUGGUGGAGGCUGGGUUACAUCCUCCUGGAACAGACAGGAUACUUUCUGAGUUCUUCUGGGUUCACGCAUAAGUUUGCUGUUUAAUGCUUUAUUGCCUUUGAGUCCUCUUGGCGUUUCUACUGCAUGCCCGGCUGCAUGACACUUCAUCUGGAUAUUGCGAUGGACAUCCCAAAAUCACUUUGCCCCCAUGGUGCCCACAUGCAACCUGUGCAUGCGCUGUUGCAGCAUCGGAGAUGGAUUUCAUCCCCCGGUGUCUGCUCACUGCAUGUCCGUUCCUUCUAAUUCAGUGAUAAUCACAGGGGCACCACAGUAUUUUAUUUUAAAAACACAAGGGUAGAUGUAUUAAUAAACCAAAGUGAGAAAUUAUAUUGGCAGGAGACAACUGUGUUCAGAUUUACUGGGCCAGCUCCCAAGCCUGAUGGUUAGGUGGAUUAUAUGAAUCUUAUGAGGCAAACAGCCUCUUGAAAAUAUAUGCAGAAAUUUGCUUAAGGGUCAGUGAGUGCAUUAGCGUACACUGGUAAUAUAUUUGCCUUUGCCGCAGUUUUCAGUGUGGCUUACAGUUGGAAAGGGGAUUUUUUUCAUUAUCUUGAGUAUGUGUAGUGUUGGUCUGGCCAAUAUUAUAACAGCUCCAGUAAAUGUUUAGUAAGGGGAGGAUCUUGGAAUGUGAUUCGGCUGGACACCCUCCACCCCCAUUUAAAAAGUGUCAAAAAUGUACAGUGCGGUCAGUAAGAUUCAGGGAAAGCAGUAACAUCUAAGGAGAGAGGAGACUGAUGCAGGCAGCCAGAGCUGGAGCAGACAGUCAGGAGGGGGCGGGACACGGGCCCGGGCUCUGACGGUGACGGG